UGUUUCCCAACUGGUCCCCGGGAGCAUGUCCUGAUUGGCUUGCUCUGAAGGCGGAGACCGGACUGCUUCGAGACUAGGACCACUUCCUGAAGCGCGGGGCAGGAAAUUAUCUGGUGUAGUUGGAGUACCUCGGAGAAAGUGCUGUGUCCCGCAUUGGUAGCAGCGCGAGCCGUCCGAUCUUGCUGCAGUUAGUGCCGGUUUCCAUCGUAGCACCACGGCCUCCUUCUCCAGCUCCGAGCCCGGCGCGGCUGCCCGGGGGGCUCCUUCAGCCUCCUUGACGCCGCUCCAAGGGGCACUUAGCCAUCGCCCGGGUCUCCAGCCUGGAGACUAGCUCCCGGCUUCAGCUCUCCGAGCCGCAGUAAGAAGGGCCCUUGUCACCCUCGCUCUGCCUUUCUCUCCGAUCUGUCGAGACCCUGGUCCAGAGCGUCAGCCUUGGACCUCGGACUAGACGCAUCCAAGACGCUCAGCCCAGACCCCCCUCAGACAGGGCUUUUCAUCGUGUCUAAUAUGUCACCCACCAUCUCCCACAAGGACAACAGUCGGCAACGACGGCCAGGGUCUUUCAACCCCUCCCUGGAUAUGAAGAGCGGCCCUCUGCCGCCGGGCAGCUGGGAUGACACUCAUAUGGAGUGGGUGGGCGAAGAAGGGGACAAAGAAGCAUUACUUUCGGACGUCGGCACCGAUGAUUUCUCAAAACCACCGAGGAGUUGCCGGGCCGAAUUAAGCAGCAUUUUGCUGUUGCUUUUUCUUUACGUGCUUCAGGGCAUUCCUUUGGGCCUGGCGGGAAGCAUACCACUCAUUUUGCAGAGCAAAAAUGUCAGCUAUACAGAUCAAGCUUUCUUCAGUUUUGUCUUUUGGCCAUUCAGUCUCAAAUUGCUCUGGGCCCCUUUGGUUGAUGCGGUUUACUUUAGGAACUUCGGUCGUCGCAAAUCGUGGCUUGUCCCUACACAGUAUAUACUGGGAAUCUUCAUGAUAUAUUUAUCCACUCAGGUGGACCGUUUGCUCGGAAAUACCGAUGGCAGAGCCCCCGAUGUGGUUGCUCUCACAGUGACAUUCUUUUUGUUUGAAUUCCUGGCCGCCACUCAGGACAUCGCUGUGGAUGGUUGGGCAUUAACUAUGUUAUCUCGGGAGAACGUGGGUUAUGCUUCUACUUGCAAUUCAGUGGGCCAAACAGCGGGCUACUUUUUGGGCAAUGUUUUGUUUUUGGCCCUUGAAUCUGCCGACUUCUGUAACAAAUAUUUGCGAUUUCAGCCUCAACCCAGGGGCAUCGUUACUCUUUCAGAUUUCCUUUUUUUCUGGGGAAGUGUAUUUUUGAUAACAACAACUUUAGUUGCCAUUCUGAAAAAAGAAAACAAAGAGGUAUCAGUAGGAAAAGAAGAAACCCAAGGGAUCUCAGAUACUUACAAGCUGCUUUUUGCAAUUAUAAAAAUGCCAGCGGUUCUGACAUUUUGCCUUCUGAUUCUAACUGCAAAGAUUGGUUUUUCAGCAGCAGAUGCAGUAACGGGACUGAAACUGGUGGAAGAGGGAGUGCCUAAAGAACAUUUAGCCUUACUGGCAGUUCCCAUGGUUCCUUUGCAGAUCAUACUGCCUCUCAUUAUCAGCAAAUACACUGCAGGUCCCCAGCCACUAAACGUGUUUUACAAAGCUAUGCCCUACAGAUUAUUGCUUGGAUUGGAGUAUGCUCUACUGGUUUGGUGGACUCCUAAAGUAGAACAUCAAGGGGGAUUCCCUGUAUAUUACUAUGUUAUAGUGCUGCUGAGUUAUGCAUUACACCAGGUUACCUUGUAUAGCAUGUAUGUUUCCAUAAUGGCUUUUAAUGCGAAGGUUAGUGAUCCACUUAUUGGAGGAACUUAUAUGACCCUUUUAAAUACUGUGUCCAAUCUGGGAGGGAACUGGCCUUCCACCGUAGCCCUUUGGCUUGUCGACCCCCUCACUGUGAAAGAGUGUGUAGGAGCGUCAAACCAGAAUUGUCGAACACCUGAUGCUGUUGAGCUUUGCAAAAAACUCGGUGGCUCGUGUGUUACAGCGCUGGAUGGUUAUUAUGUGGAAUCCAUUAUUUGUGUGCUUAUUGGAUUUGGGUGGUGGUUCUUUCUUGGUACAAAAUUUAAAAAGUUACAAGAUGAAGGACCGUCUUCGUGGAAGUGCAAAAGGAGCAAUUAAUUAAUGCAAUCGCUACUGGGCAUUGUGAGAAAGACAGACUGAAUUACUGGUUGUACCUCCUACUAAUGACCUGGGCGGAAGGAAGAGUAAGCGGAGCCACAACACUUUUCCUUCAAGAAGAGGUGGUGUAAGGAUAGUUUGGGGUUACAAGAAUUUCACUGGGAACUAUUCCAAAAUCUCCUGCUUUUCCAUUUUUUAUGGGCUCUGGUAGUUAUAAUGUUGAAGACUUUCUUUAAAGGACAGUUUGGGAGUAUAGAGAAGAUGUUUUUGUUUCUUUACCAUUAGAACUUUGAGCCAAUUUUCCUGAAACUUGGGACCUGUGCUGAAGGAGAAGCCCUCAAAGUUCAUUGGUGCCUGGGUGGUGGGACGCCAUCCAGAAGACAUUAGUUUGCUAGGGCUGCCAAACACAAUGCUACAGACUGCAUGGCUUCAACAUCGCAAACAUUUUUUUCCACAAUUCUGGCGGCUAAAAGUCCAAGAUCAAGGUGGCAGCAGCUGUGGUGUCCCCUGAUGUCUCUCUCUCCUUGGUUUAGAGACUGCCAGCUUUUUGCUGUGUCUUCGCAUGACUUUUCUUUGUACACACACACAUCCCUGGUGUCUCUUCCCGUUAUAAGGACACCAGUCCUGUAGAAUUAGAACCCCAUCCUAUUGACUUAGCUUAACUUUAAUUACCUCCAUCAAAGCCCUAUCUCCAAACACAAUCACAUUGGGGUUUAGGGUCACCACAUGCGUUUUGGAGGGACAUAAUUUGGUGCAUAACAUAUUUGCUUCUCUAGUAUUCGAAUUUUAAGAGGAAAUGAGACCUGGGGCCAUGGCCAUAUCUCUGGGUUGUAAAUCUAGAGACAUAAGUUUGUCUUCCCUCCUGAAGACAUACAUUUACAUUCCAAAGAACCUAGGAUUCUUCCCAAGGAAAACUUGUUUACACUAAGGAAUUAAGAUUUCCUUUCUCUGAGGAAAGGAGGGCUUAGGUACAGCUGUCCUACAGAGCCACCCAUAUUCUUGUUUGUAUUGCAGGGUUCCUCACCUGUAUCACAAACCCCAGUACAUGUUGGCUCUGAUGAGCUGUUAAUGGGUCUGGUUCUCAUCAGUCACCACACAGGUGAGCAUUGGGUGUGUGGAACCAAUGUGAUCAUUAUAAGUAAUUAAUAAUUAAACCUAUCCCUACUCCAGAAACUUUGCGUGUACUUUCAGUACAAUACAAGUAAAUAAAACUUAAUAAGCACAUUUCAUCUGAUGUUUGUUGAAAUUGUAAUCUCUUUAAUACACAUUUUGGGGCUUUAUAUUAUGGUUAGGUCUUGGGAUAGUGAAAACCUGGGUCUUAGAACCCAGAGUUCAGUCUCAAGUGAUGUCUCUUUUUUAUAUUUUCUCCUGGUUUAAAAGGGGCAAAUCAUCCAAGGAAUCUAAUUUAAGGUAAUAAGUUAAAAGAAAAAGUCAGCACCUGUGGGUGGAGGAAAUAAUAAAUCUAGUAUUUGAGUAUCGAGGUAUGACUUGAGGCAAAAGAAAAAAAUUGGAAGGUUUAUGUGAAUAAAUCAGACCCUCCUAAAUUAGCCUUAUUACAUGACAGAAUGGGAUGGUGCAGCAGUGGACUACAAAUAGGACAAUCCUGUAAAAAUACUUCAUUCUGAACUUAAUGAUGUAAAGAUUACAAGCUUUAGAUCAUCACAGGCAUAUACUUAUACAUUCAUUAUCCUUGAUAUAUUGGUGUGUCCCUUAUAGCCUUUGAUUAUUGCUUGAUUCAAUAAUUUAUUAUCUUUUCUGCAAUAAAAAUUUCUUGACAUGUCUUUCUCCUUUAGAACUUCAUGAUUUACUCAGCAAAGAAAGGGCAAUGAAAGAAAGAGGAGGC